UUAUUAUUAUGUAUUAAAAUUGUAUUUAUUCAAAUUUUAAAUUGCUCGUUAAUAUUUUGAUACUUGGAUAAUUUUAAAAUAAAAAUGUGUCGCCAGUAUUUCUGUUCGUUCAAAUUCCACUAGCCUUUGCGCGACUAUGUAGCCAAAAUACUGUAAUUUUAUUAUUUAUUUCAGCUGACCACCACCGUAUUACUCGAAGACUGAUUAUUAUGGGUGAUCCAAUACCAGAUGUAUCAAAACACAAAGUUAUAAUUAUUGGAGCCGGGAUUGCUGGCUUAGCAGCCGCCACACACCUAUCCCAACACGAUAUGAAAGAUUUUAUUAUAUUAGAAGCUCAGGAUCGUAUUGGUGGACGGAUUUACGCUACAGAAAUAAACGGUCAACAAGUCGAACUCGGCGCUAAUUGGAUUCACGGUGUGUUGGGAAAUCCAAUGUACGAGUUAGCUAUGGCCAACGGACUAGUGGAUAUUACUCAUCGUCCUAAAAUGCCAAGUAUUAUUGCGUCAACAACAAAUGGAUCAAGGAUUCCAUUUUCGUUAUUACAAGAAACUUACGGAGCAUAUAUGUGUUUUUUACGACGAUGCGAAGAUUACUUUACUGGUGCCUUUGAUCCACCACCUGGUAUUUACAGUGUCGGCGAGCAUGUUGAACUAGAAAUCGCAAUUUACUUGGACAAAGUACAAAACGCUAACACUCGUAAACUGCAGCGAUUGAUUUUCAACUGUUUAUUGAAAAGAGAGUCGUGUAUUACCGGAUGCAAUAGCAUGAUAGAUAUUGACCUCAUCGAGCUGGGAAGUUAUAAGGAGUUGCAGGGUGGCAACAUUGCACUGCCUGGCGGAUAUAGUAGUAUUCUAGACCCUAUUUGUAGUAAAUUAUCAUCCGACUGUAUAAAAACCAAUUGUCAAGUGACGAAAAUCAAAUGGCCAUCGGGAAUUGACAACGCUGCAGACUCUGACGACUCGGACAAGACAGUCAUUGAAGUGGGCGGCGAGGACGUUACCGACGAAACGGUUUACGUGUAUUGCAAGGAUAAGGUUUACUCGGCCGACAGUAUAAUAUGCACGCUGCCGUUGGGCGUACUCAAGUCCUGCGAUAUAUUCUGUCCUAAGUUACCUAAAUAUAAAGAAAAAUCCAUUGCCCGACUGCUGUAUGGUGUUGUGAAUAAGAUAUUUUUAUAUUACGACCGGCCGUUUUUGAGCAAAGACGUGGAUGAGAUAUUGUUGUUGUGGGACGACGACGACGGAAUGGGCGAUUGGAGUGAAAAGAUUUACAGUUUUUCAAAAGUCAACGAUACAUUGCUGUUGGGCUGGAUAUCUGGUGUGGAGGCUGAAACUAUGGAGAAACUGGACGACAAGACUAUUGGAGAUAAAUGCACAGAAAUCUUGAGAACGUUUUUAAAAGAUUCUUGCGUGCCGUUUCCGGCAAAAUGUUUGUGCACUCGAUGGAAAGCUGAUGAGUUUAGCCGUGGUUCGUACACAGCCAUUGGAGUUGGUUCUAGUCAAUUAGAUAUUGAACACAUUGCCAGACCAAUGCACGUCAAUAACAAUAAAACUCCUGUGAUAACAUUUGCCGGUGAGCACACGCAUCCAAAUUUUUACUCUACUGUCCACGGAGCUUAUCUGUCGGGCCGCGCAGCAGCCGAAAUGUUGUUGAUUUCUCAGCGUGAAGAUAAGCCGCUCGAGUGUGCAGACUUAGAUUUGAGUUCUUGGAUCCAAGGCGUAGCUCUAACAUAGUGACAAUUAUUAUUUGCUAAUGUAUUUAUUUAUUUUUUUUUUUUUUUACCAAAUUGUGAUAUUAAGUAUUAGUCAUUAGCUAAUGUUAGAUAUGUAUUGCUUUCAUCGAGUUGAAAAUAUUUGUUUUUUUGUCGAAAUUUCAUUCAUCAUCUCAUCAAAUGAUUUACUGCCAAGUAUGUUCAUCUAUACAAAAUGUGCAUUUUUUUUUUGGAACAUCAAAAUUACGUUUGUUUGCGGACAAAAAAUGACUAAACUACUUAACAUAACGUACACUUUAAUUUAAAUCUUAACUUAACGUUUAAGUAUUUGUGUUUGGUUCCUUGUUUCUUUCUAUUUUUAAAUUUUAAUCUUUGUGCUUUGUACAAAAUUGUUAAAUAAAGCAUCCUAGUCUUAUUAUAACACUCAACUGAUUUACCUUAAAUUUUAUUAUAAAAUCCAGUUAGUUAAAUGGUUUUUGU